AAACAAUAUAGCAUCCAAAACUUCAUAAAAGAAAGAUCCUAACACAUGGAACUAGGGGUUAAUUUCAUGGUUGGUCACUGAGAUUACAAAAAACGUUCAUGUUUGGUCACUGGAAAUAUUUAAAUCCAAUCUUGGUCACUCAAAUUAGUUAAAUGGUUCAAGUUUGGUCACUCUCCGUCCAACUCCGUUAAAUUUGUCUGAUGUGGCAGUCAACCCUCAAAGUUGACCGUUAACUCGGUGAUGUGGCAAUUAAAAAAUAAUAAUUAAAAUAAAAUUUAAUCUUUUACCAUUUCUAACUCAUUUUCACAAUAAAAUAAAAUAAAUUAUUAUCACAAUAAAUUAUAACUCGGUGGCGGAAGCAACCUUUCCUCCGGCAGUAAUCCUCCACCCACUCAACUAAGAAAUUACCUUGAAUUAAGUAUCACUUCAUAAGUAGCUAAACAGUGAACCCCUCUCUUUAGCGUCUCUUCCAAUUUUCCAGCGGGGGAGCCGUCGACUUCACCUCUAGGUGACCGGCGGCAACCCAACUUUCACAUUCUACAUUUUGCUUUUUUUUUUCCAGACCUUGUGGCUCUCUCCCUUUCUAUUAUGCUACUUCCCUAAGUGGAUUUUGCCAUGAACUUCUCUUUGGAGUUGUUUCCUCUUCCACAUUUCAGAUUUGUUUUCAGAUCUUGAAGUCUGUUCUCGGUUUGGUUCGGUUCUUGUUGGUGGGUGUCGGAGGGAGUCGUGUUUUGCGAUUUGUUCUCUCCUCUCAUGUUUCCGGCAUCUACCUCCACACGUUUCACCCAAAACUGGGGGUGAAUCGGAGAUGUAAAGCUAGUGUAGCCAAGGAAACAAAUCCAUGGAGUUGAGAGCAGGGACAUUCUUCUUGCUGUUGUGUUUUCGUCACUUGCUCAGAUCGGUGGGACUCUAUUUGCUCAUUGUUGCUCCCUUUCUGCUCGGGUCUGGGGUUUUUCCUUAUCUCACUGGCUGCUUAUCACGACUGCUCUUCCUCGAUCCUCCCCGAUCUAGCUUUGGGAGUUCGUGGUUUGCUGGUUGGUGGGUCUUGGGAGGGCUCUGGCUUAGAUCCUCUCAUGUUUGUCCCUCACUCUCGUGGUCCUUUCGUCGGAGGGGAUCUCCCUUUUGCUUUGUUCUCCCUCGCCCGUCCUUUGAUGGUGUCGUAUGGGUGCCGGUUGCAGAAAGGAAAAAAAGAAAACCGAGAGAGAAAGACAGAGGUGGUGUCAGCGGCGGAGGUACUCAUCCGACUUCCGGCGGGAACACGCCUAGAACCCCUUCCGUCUCUCCAUCCUCCGGCAAGCCGAUGAUUGACGAGUCAACGAGCGUUCUUCUUCAUCAUCAUCCUCAACACCAAAAACAGCUGCAGCCUCCUCCGGCGAUUGCACUGCCGCCCCCUCUUUUAACGGUGCCGCGAUUUAUGGAGCGAGGGAGAAGAAGGUGAGGUUCGAUCCGGAGAGGAUCGUGAUGGGCGGCUGCGCAACGGAAGCUACUCCUUCAAUUUUUGAUUAUAAUAAUUUUUUUUAUUUUACUUUAUUGUGAAAAUGAGUUGGAAAUGGUAGAAGAUUUAAAUUUUAUUUUAUUUAUUAUUUUUUAAUUGCCACGUCACCGAGUUAACGGUCAACUUUGAGGGUUGACUGCCACAUCAGACAAAUUUAACGGAGUUGGACCGAGAGUGACCAAACUUGAACCAUUUAACUAAUUUGAGUGACCAUGAUUCGAUUUAAAUAUUUCUAGUAACCAAACAUGAACGUUUUUGUAAUCUUAGUGACCAACAAUGUAAUUAACCCCAUGGAACUAGAGUUCCUCAAAACCUAAUUGAAGGGAAGUUACUCCAUAGAGAAGAGAGAGACUGCAGAAAUAUGAUCUAGAUCUUCGAUCUCCAUCUCCAAGCUUGAUUCCCGAGCUCCAAUGGAGAAGAAAUCCUCCAAAAUAGCUCCAAGAAUGUUCCCAAGUCGCUCUCUCUCUCUAGGCUUCGUCCCUUGGGUGUUUGGGAUCCAAAAACCCAGCUCUCCCUCUCCUUUGCCUCGAAAUUGGCUUAAAACCAGAAAUUCCCGGCUCACACGGCCGUGUGACUCUCCCAGCUGCCCGUGAGAGUGUCCAAACGCGACGUUUCGAUUAGUGGGCAACCAGGCAAGCUGCACGGGCAGAGGCCACACGGCCGUGUGGCUCCCUAGGCUGCCCGUGUGGCUUUUACCAAGCCUUCACAUGGCCACAAGGGGCCCUACACGGCUGUGUGAGGUGCAAUGGUGCCCGUGUGGCUUCCCAGCUUCUCACCAAACAUCCAAUCUUCGUCCAAUCGACCCCGAACUCGUUCCCAGGCCUUCAUUCAUGUGCUAGGACCUGAAAUAUCACAAACACGAACAACCUAGCGUGAAAUCGGCCUAAAAUGCGGGAAUCGAGCUCAAGAAUAGGGGUAGAAACAUGUGUAAUUAUUGGUCUAUCACCAAGAGAUAGAGGGGAUUACUCCAUAGAGAUAGAGUGGAAAGCUAUGCCGGGUGUGGAAAUCAUCGUGUAGACGGAAGAAUUCGGCACAGGGUCGUCAAUCGUCUCUCCUCGGGACUUGAUCUAGGGCACUCAAGGAUCUCUCUUCGUCAAUUUCUCUAUCUAAAGCUCUGUUUUUAGCUCCAAAGUGUGAAUGCCAUGUCAAAACCCGCGAUUGGCACUAAAUAACUCGAGUAUCGAACCCCUGGCCUGAUUACUCGAUCGGGUAAUUUGAUGAUAGACCAGGUUUUCUCAAAACGGCGCGCAACGGCGGAUAGUCAUUUGAGAGUUCUUUCUUUUCUUAGUCUGUUAAGAGAAGAGGGGAAACGCUGGAAAAAUAGAUAAAAAAAACACAAACACAAACACUUUUUCUUUCCUUCUUUAUUCUGUCAAAUAGAAGUAGAAGGCAAACAGAAGCCCGACAAGUCUGUACUGUAAUCAGCAGAACCCAGGUUCAUAUUCCAGUCUAAUGAUGCAUCAUUCCUUUACUACUAUUUUAUUCUCUUCUCCUACUCGUCCAUUUUUGUCAAACUAACUCUAUAUUAUUGUUAUUACCACUGCUACUAUCAUCCAUCAUAAUCAUCAUCAUCUAAACGUCACGAUUUCUACAUAAGAGUGAUUGAAAACUAAUCAAAACCCAGAUUUACUCUUCUAACUUGUCCAUCUCAUUCAGCUUUAUUUCACUUUCAGUUUUAGUAUUUACUUAUUUCAAGCAUAGUUACUUCAUUAAUUACAUUACCUUCAACAGCUAGCUUUCUACUUAUGAGUUAAGCUUACUAUUACACUUAAUCAGUUAUUGCCACUUACUAUGCUAUUUAGUUUCCCUCAUUUACCAUUCUUUUAGUUAUCUCGUAUUUUCAUUACAUAGAUAAAAAAAAUACGAUCAUCACGCGUAUGGAAUAAAAUAAUAAAUUCACC